AUGGAAUCUCAACCGAAAGUGUCUGUCGAGGAGAAGCACAAUCUACCCCAGCCCUUGAAUAGUACUCCUACUCCAACUCCACCCUUGGUCAAUUUACCAACAACGAAUACUGUUUCCAGUAAUUUUGUAUUCGGACAAAACAUCUCCGAACGUGUGACUAAUGCAAGUGUAAUGCCGUUGUCAAAAGAAACUUCUACCUCUAGUGGGACAUGCGGGCAGGAUACCGGUGAGGAUCACGAAAUUGUAGAAAUUACACCAUGUCUAACCACCCUCACGGACUCGGCCAACGCAGUAGCAGCAGAGCUACGCGAGAAAUCGUCGCCACUGUCCAGCGAAAUUCCCCAAGAGCCUAUAGUGACGGGUGAAGAAGGAGAAUGCACCGUGCUCAAGACUUAUUGUCGGUUCUAUGACUUUGAUCGAGAAAAACAGCUGUGGGUGGAAAAAGGCAAUGCCUAUGUUCAUCUGAAUGAUAUCCCACUCUCGAAGGUCGGAAACGAUACCUCCUUAACGGCUACCGUACGACCUCCCACAGGGCCACCGGCACGUUCCCGAUUGGUUGCUCGGGUUUGCAAAACGCUCAAGUUGUUGGCUAACACACCUGUGUGGUCUGGGUUGACCGCGGCAAUGGCGGACGAGCGGUCAAUCCGACUGACUACAAUUUGUUCUGCAGUUGGUGAAGAAAUGCCUGGAGCAGAACGUCAGUCCUUGGAAUCCCAAUCCAAGCCGGAAUUUCGGGCCUAUUUGCUAGUUAUGCGUUCACCGAACGAUGCGACCCGUCUGUACCAGGCUCUCCUGGCUCGGAAGAAUAUCACUGCACUGACCAGUGCGAGCUAUGGAGAAUCCGCAGAUACCGGGGAAUCCAAUUCCGACAGCAGUUCGGCUUAUGGCUCUAAUGAGACCGGAGUCUGUUUGGUCCCUGAAUCGGAAGCGGUGGAACAAGGUUCAGCCUGA